AUGUUAGAAGUGGUGAGCGAUGCUAGAAACUGCUACCUUGAGGGCUCAACAGACGCCUAUGACGACGUAACAUUCGCCUGUAUGAUGCUGCUUGAUGGUUGUUUUCUCCUGAUCUUCAUGAGUAGAUCCACUUUCACCAGGGAUGUGAUUAAUCAUGUAGGCGUUGCUGGUUAUCGUGGGAUAAUUGCGGACAUCAGUCUGCUCGAAAACCAACUUCCUUUCCUAGCUCUCCAGGCCUUGAUUAGCAGUACCGGUUCUCCAGUAGGCAAAUUGGAGGAAUGGAUCGAAAAUGUCAUGACUUCAACGUACAUAGAUACCAAUGCAACGUGGACCAAACGAACUAUUAAGCAUGAGAAAGAACAACCCCUUCAUUUACUAGAUCUUUUAAGGAGAAGAUUUAUCGUCCAGUACACUCCAGCCAAUGAAAAAGUUAGCAGCAGCGGCAAAAUAUACCAAGAUGAUGGUCCUUACUUCACUUUCACUUCUCGGUUUGGCUACGGACUGCUCACACUUCCUCAACUCACAUUUGAUUGGGGAACAAAAUACUGCCUUCUAAACAUGAUGGCUUAUGAGUUGUCUACCUUGUCUGCAGAUGAGGAAACGGAUGUAUGCAAUUACAUCUAUUUUAUGAAUUCACUCAUAAAUGGAGCUGAAGAUGUGAUCGAGCUGCGAACACAUAACAUCAUUCAUAACUUCUACGGCACUGAUGAAGACGUGGCAAAAGCAUUCAACUCCCUGGCAAUAGGGGGUAAAUAUCAUUCCUUCAAUGGACCUAUCAAAGAUGUUAGUGAUGGAAUACAAAAGCAUUACAAUAGCAGGAUGAAGACUUCGACGGCUCAACUAUGGAACAACAAUUUUAGCAAUCCCUAG